CUUGCAGAGCACGGUGUUCAGGAGCUUCCCGCUGUGGACCAAGAACCGAAGAUAGGAACUGAAGAGUAUGAACCCUGGCUCCAGAAAAGCGUGCGCCAGUUCAUGACCUAUUUGGUGGCGGAGAAGCAGGCUCACAUUCCACUAUGUGAUCGCACAUCAAAUGUGGAGGAUUGUACGAUCAUGACAAAGGAAGGCAUAGAGCGAGAUCUGUCCGCCGAGU